AUGGCGGCUGAACACGGGACGGAAGCCGCCUCGGAGGGGUUGUCGGAGGAAAGAACCGAGCCCUUCCCGGAAUCCGAGAUUGACGCCCGCUUCAAGGGUAUCCGUGUCGAGGAGCCAGGCGCAGUCCCCGGUGACGAGCAUGUUCCCCUCGAUGUCUUGCAGAUCGAGGACCACCAUCACCGGCAGGGCAUCCGCAUCCUCAUGCGACCCCUCACCAGGUUGAACAGCACGCGAUCCGUCAGCCCCGGCAGCGACAACUGCCAAUGGCUCGCCCUUCGCGCCGAAGUCGCCUCGUCCGACCAGCCCGAGCACAAGGUGCUGGCCGUGACCCAGACUUCCAAGGAUAUCAAAGUUUCCGUCCGCAUCCCAGGGGAGAACCAGCACGACUCCUCUCGCCCGCCACUGUGGUGCGAGUUAUACUACGAUCCCGCCAGUGACAAGGUCAUUUUCCUCAACAAAUCAGAUGUCCCCCUCUCCUUGCGCAAGGUCUCGCAACCUCAUUCCGACAGCAGCCCGCCAGCGAGCGAAAGCCAUGUCAUCAACCCAGGACUAAUCAAAGCGCUGCGGCCGGGAACGUGGCGCAUCAACGUACGCGACUUGGCCGUUUUGGAUUUUCGCAUCCUGGAGAAGCGGCCCGUCACUCUGUACCAGGCGCGGCCGGCUUUGCCCCAUAAUCAGCCAUCAUCGUCCUUGACCAGCUCGAGCAGCAGCAGCUCCGGCAUGAAAAGAGCCUUGAGCCCAGACGUGGAUGAUAGGAGAGUCAAGCGUCGGAUUUCCGAUCCCCCUUGUCAGGCAGAUGACGGAGUCAUCAUGUUUCUGCGUCCGGCUGCGGAGCCCUUGGUCUUUCCCCUGCCGAAUGGGAGGGAGACCAAGGAGCUCUCCGCCUCAAACGGCCAUGCCCUUCUGGACGCCGAACAGGGAGAGACCGUUGCUGUACCUGGCGUAUGCGAGCUGGACGAAUAUCAGCUGACCAAGCGCGAUCCGAUUGCGUCCACUGCCCUGUCGGCCGUUUAUACCGCCAACCACUCCAUGGUGUCUGAUGACAUUGUUACGGUCAAGGUUCUCAAAACCAGAGUGGCCAACGCAGCCGACAAGCCCCCCUACGUCCAUGAGCGCAACGUCAUCCGCCAAGCGGACAUGUGGCUGCGCGAGUGCCAGAGCCAGGAGGAUCUUCAACACGAGUCCAUUGUGCGCUACUACGGAGGAGAUGCCCGAUACCUCUCCCUGUACAUGGAGCACGUGGACGCCCCGGAUCUGACGGCCCCGAACCGCUGGAGAAACAGACAAAGCGAUUAUUUCCUGGGGACUCGCCAAGACGCCGUGCGAAUCUUGCGCGACAUUGCCAGCGCGCUGGCGUACAUCCACGACCGGCAACUGGUGCACAACGACAUCAAGCCGGCCAACAUCCUCUACUCGCCCGAACGAGGAGCUGUUCUUUGCGACUUUGGCCUGUCGACACCCGCGGCCAACUCUCCGUCCGGCGGGGGGACCCCCUACUACGUUCCACCAGAGUUUAUCGGGACCAAGCUGCGAGGUCCUGCCUCGGAUGUGUGGGCGCUGGGCAUCACCAUGCUGUACGUGCUGCGCAAGAUUGCAUUUCCCGACAGCCGAGCGCGGAGACAUCAUGCCAAGCCUCUGUACUGGCAGAUUGCGGGCAUCAACAACCCCAAUGCCCCGUACAAGCAGUACGGCAACGGCCAUCCGGCAGUGAGCCAAAUGCGGGCAUGGCUAGAGGAAAUGCACGAGACCCGAGAGAAGCUCAGCGCAAAAGAUCGGCUGGAGCGCAUCGUGAAGGACAUGCUGACCCCGAACCCAAACCACCGCAUAACCAUGAAGAAGGUGUUGCAAGAGCUCUUGCUGGACCCGGCCACCGUUGGAUGA